UGCGCAAAUUUAGACAAACGUCAACAACCGAAGGGAAAGGCACAAGUGCAUGAAGAUAUGAGAGAAAAGCAAUGUCUUGCCGAGUGAGAUAUGUUUUCAUUUCAGAAAAAAAUGGCUUUUGAAGACGUUUACGCGUUAUGGGUUUUCUGGUGAAAUUUCUUCUUCGGCGCGCUGUGGCCUCAGUUUAAUCUCAGUUUGACAGCUCGGCGAGUGAUCAGAGGAUGGACAACGCCACCGUGUCCGCCUCGGAUGGGACGGGAGAGUGUUCCCUGGUGUCUGAGGAAAUGGAGGGGAUCUGCGUCAUGCCAGACUUAAGUGCCAUCAAGACCGAGGGUGCAGUCCCGGAUGACGCUGGCACCCAAAAUGUGGCCAUGGGCAUUAAGUUCAUCUUGCCCAAUCGCUUUGACAUGAACGUUUGCUCCAGAUUUGUCAAGUCGCUGAACGAGGAAGACAGCAAGAACAUCCAGGACCAGGUGAACUCUGAUCUGGAGGUGGCCUCUGUUUUAUUCAAGGCUGAGUGCAAUAUCCAGACCUCGCCCUCCCCAGGGAUACAAGUGCGCCACGUUUACACACCGUCCACCACCAAACAUUUCUCCCCCAUCAAACAGUCCACCACACUCACCAACAAGCACCGCGGCAACGAGGUUUCAUCCACACCUCUUCUGGUGCAUUCUUUGUCCAUUCAUCAGCUGGCAGCCCAAGGAGAAAUGGUGUUUCUGGCCAGCAGGAUUGAACAAGAGACUGUGAUCAAUCUCCAAGACGAGGAAGGCUUUACGCCCCUGAUGUGGGCAGCUGCACAUGGACAAAUCGCUGUUGUUGAGUUUCUGCUCCAGAAUGCUGCUGACCCCAACCUCUUGGCCAAAGGGAGGGAAAGCGCAUUGUCCUUGGCCUGCAGUAAGGGAUACACUGAUAUUGUGAAGAUGCUCAUCGACUGUGGUGUUGAUGUCAACGAAUAUGACUGGAAUGGAGGAGCCCCUCUGCUGUACGCUGUCCACGGGAACCAUGUGCGCUGUGUUGAAAUCUUGUUAGAAAGCGGUGCUGAUCCUACCAUAGAGUCAGAUUCUGGAUUCAAUGCAAUGGACAUGGCCGUGGCUAUGGGACACCGGAAUGUUCAACAGGUGAUGGAGGCGCACUUACUGAAGUUACUGAUGGGAAUCAGAGAAUGAACUGUGAAACUCGAGGAAAACAACACUCAAGGGACAUUACUUGUCUCCGGACAAUCAUGUAGCCAACAGGAAUACUUUGUUCCAUUAAAAGAUGUUUCAACAGCAUUAUUUUUUUCGGGCAUGGUGCGCAUAACGGUUUGUGCUGUGUGAAUUUAAAUUUUUUCUCUGUGUACUGUUUUACUUACAUUUUUCACAAAGAAUGUGGAGUAGCACAUUUUUAUCAGGGUACACUGACAUGUCAGAAAACAAAAAUGUAAAGUUCACAACCCAGCAUGCACUGCACUUCUGUAAUUUGCUGCUUAAUUAGCAGUGCAGUUAUUUUUUGCUCUCCAACUAAGCAUGGUGGCACUGUUUUGACCUCAUGAUAAUGGAUAUUACAUUAACUUACUAACCAUAAUAAUGAACAGUUUUCAAUAGUAACAUAAUUUUACUGUUGAUUUGGCCCAUGUUGAUUCUGUCUGCUUUUCAUAUGGUGAAUAUUUCAGACUCACUUGUCCUUCCUGAAGAAUGGAGUGGACUGCAACGCCGUUUACUAUAACGCACAGGGCAGACUGUGCUUUUAUGCUGCUGCCGCGCUGUUAAAUUAACUCUGAAUGUCUUUGUGUCAUUUGUACUUGGUUUAUUUAUUUCAAUAAUUGAAACAUUGUGUUGUGCUGUGAUAAGAUCAUCAUAAUGAUGUAAAUGUCUUUGUCUGUAUAACUCUCACACCUCAUGGUCGCGUGGUUGUUGUGGUGCUGUUUGCCACCUUAUGACGGUGCUUUUGUUUUAUACCAUGACUUGUACUCACCUCAGAAUCAGCCAUCGCUCUGUUGCAGAUAUUUAUGGAAAAAUGGUCAAAGUUUGGAUCACUGAAUUGAAGCAGUUAUUUAAUUAAAAUGCCCUUUUAAAUCAA